AUGGCGCAUUGGUAUUCCGUAGCGACACCGCCUCAAAGGGAAUGUAGGGAAAUUUGCUUGGAUCAAAAAACAGCGUUCAAGCAAAGGGCCUUUAUGUUAGUUACCCGGCGUUCGCCGACAGACUCGGCCUCAUUUUAUGGCAGAGGGGUGAAAGGGGAGCUCUGGGGGAGGAGGGAGGCGCCCACUAAACGGGAUGCGUCUCCAAUUUACAUUUAUGAAGACCCAUAA